CUGGGAUUACAGGCGUGCGCCACCCAUUCAGCUCCUCUCCCAGGUUCCAGCCACAGCCUCAGAUCAGCCAGGCUGUUCCCUAGCCCGCCACACCUCUCCUGUUCCAGCUCCCUUGCCUGGCCAAGUCCUGUGCAUGCUGCACCUGCCCCAGGCUCCCAGGCCUUCCCCAGUGCUCCCGCAGCCCCCUGAGGGCCUGUGAUGACAGUUGAUCACACCAAAUGGUCCAGGAAACAAGAUCAGCCCCGGAAGAGCAGCUCCCAUCUCUGGGACAGGGGAAUGCAGACUUGUUAGGAUCCGAACCCAGACGACCCACACCUUAGGGUGGAAGACGGUCUAUUUGGAAUUUGCCACCCGAUCUCCUCCACUGGCGUAGAAAAGUCAUUCAGUCACUGACUUGCACUCACUACGGGCAGGCCUUAAUAAUAAUACCUGACACUUGAGUGACGUUACUUCCUUGCCUGGAACAGUUCUAGGCACUUUCCAUAUAUCAAUUCAUUGUAUCCCAUGUAACCCUAAAUUUAAUACUGUACAUUCUCACUAGUAUCAAAAUUAAAGCACUAAGCAGUUCCUUAACCUGCCUUAGGUAUUAAAGGGCCAAGCUGGAGUGGGAACUAGGCCGUCUAGGUUCCCGUCCAGAGCUGCAAAAGGGUGGGACCUGAGUCAGGUAGAGUUUGAUCUGUGUGCUUUACGUCUUCCUGCUAUCUAGCAUUUUGCUCCCAGCUAUCCCAUUUUAUUGAGCAGAAGGUAGACUCACAGGCCACAGGUUAUUUCGGGAGCCUCGUGGAGGGAGGUCCAGGAGCUGGGGUACAGCAGGAUGGGCUGGAGCAGGGUGUACGUCCUCAGCGCCGAACUACAGCUCCCAGGAGGCUCCGCACGCCGCGGCCCGCCAACGUCACCGCGACAGAGGGCGCCGUCGGCUCGGCUAGCCCAGCCGGUCGACGAGGCGGUUCCGCUCGGACCCAGGCCCCGGUCCGGCCUCGAGAUGGGCGCUGCUCUCCCGGGGCUGAGCCCGCCGGCAGUCUCCGCGGACCCGUGCCCCUGAAGUCCGGGAGGAGCCCCUCCCGCCUGCCUCUGCGGCGUUUUGGGGGCCUCAGCCCCGGCGGCAGCCCAGGCCGCCGGAGCCGCGGGGCGAUGAUCCUGGCGUCGGUGCUGGCGAGCGGCCCUCGGGGCCCGCCUUCUCUGUGGCCCCUCCUGGGACCCACGUUGUCGCUGCGGGCGCGCUCAACCUCGGCCACGGACACGCACCAUGUGGAGCUGGCGCGGGAGCGCUCCAAGACCGUCACCUCCUUUUACAACCAGUCCGCCAUCGACGUGGCGGCGGAGAAGCCCUCCGUCCGCCUCACUCCAACCAUGAUGCUUUACUCCGGCCGCUCUCAGGACGGCAGCCAUCUCCUGAAGAGCGGCCGGUACCUGCAGCAAGAGCUGCCGGUAAGGAUCGCUCACCGCAUCAAGGGCUUCCGCAGCCUUCCCUUCAUCAUCGGCUGCAACCCCACCAUCCUGCACGUGCAUGAGCUGUACAUCCGUGCCUUCCAGAAGCUGUCAGACUUCCCUCCGAUCAAGGACCAGGCGGACGAAGGCCAGUACUGCCAGCUGGUGCGACAGCUGCUAGAUGACCACAAGGAUGUGGUGACCCUCUUAGCUGAGGGCCUGCGUGAGAGCCGCAAGCACAUACAGGAUGAAAAGCUUGUCCGCUUUUUCCUGGACAAGACGCUGACCUCGAGACUUGGGAUCCGCAUGUUGGCCACUCACCACCUGGCGCUGCACGAGGACAAGCCUGACUUUGUCGGCAUCAUCUGCACUCGUCUGUCACCAAAGAAGAUUAUUGAAAAGUGGGUGGACUUUGCCAGACGCCUGUGUGAACACAAGUACGGCAACGCCCCCCGCGUCCGCAUCAACGGACACGUGGCCGCCCGCUUCCCCUUCAUCCCUAUGCCGCUGGACUACAUUCUGCCCGAGCUGCUCAAGAAUGCCAUGAGAGCCACGAUGGAGAGCCACCUGGAUACUCCCUACAAUGUCCCAGAUGUGGUCAUCACCAUUGCCAACAAUGAUAUCGAUUUCAUUAUCAGGAUUUCAGACCGGGGUGGAGGAAUUGCCCACACAAACUUGGAGCGGGUCAUGGAUUACCACUUUACUACGGCGGAGGCCAGCACCCAGGACCCCCGCAUCAGCCCCCUCUUUGGCCAUCUGGACAUGCACAGUGGCAGCCACUCAGGACCCAUGCAUGGCUUUGGCUUCGGGUUGCCCACGUCGAGGGCCUACGCAGAGUACCUCGGGGGUUCCCUGCAGCUGCAGUCCCUGCAAGGCAUUGGCACAGAUGUCUACCUGCGGCUCCGCCACAUCGAUGGCCGGGAGGAGAGCUUCCGGAUCUGACCCCUGGCCUGCCUGCUCGCCCAGGCUGGGCCACAUACCCUGCCAGGACCUUCUGGGUUGGGCACGGUGGCACUGUGCCCCACACACUGCUGCAUCUUGGGUCUCCAGGCCCCAGCCAAAAGGACUUACCAGGAGCUGGGUGCCACUCCUCAGGAGGGCUGUGGGCACCUUACCUCCAGGCUGUGAGGGGAAGAAGCGGGAUCUCCGGGACUCUAGCACCAGCUGUCACUCUUGUUCCUGGGGAACCCCUACAUGACCUGCUGUUUGUUAUUAAAGUUCACAUUCUGAAUGCC